UGUUUAACAGCGAUCAUUAACUAAAAUCAUGGCAACUGCCAGUAGUGAGGUGCACCAUCCUGUAGAUCCUGGAAUCUCAAAGCUGCAGUUUGCUCCCUUCAGUAGUGCCUUGGAUGCAGGAUUCUGGCACGAGCUAACCCAGAAGAAACUCAAUGAGUACCGACUGGAUGAGACCCCAAAAGUUAUCAAAGGAUACUACUACAAUGGUGAUCCUUUGGGUUUGCCAGCUCGCUUGACGUUGGAGUUUAGUGCCUUUGAUAUGAAUGCUUCAAUACCUGCACGUUGCUGUCCUGCUUUCGGAACAUUGUAUAAUACCAACACUUUUGAGACUUUCAAAUCCUGUGAUAAGAAAUCACUUCUGGAAAAAGAAGCAAAUGAGAUAUGGGAAUCAAUAAAAUCUGGAGCUGCUUUUGAAAAUCCUAUGCUCUUGAACAGGUUCCUGCUGCUGACAUUUGCAGAUUUAAAAAAGUAUCAUUUCUACUACUGGUUUUGCUACCCUGCUCUCUGCUUCCCUGAUGGAAUUCAUAUAAUUCAGAAACCAGUGUGUCUUAGUGACAGAUUCCCAUUAAAUCAGAUUCAAGCGCUUCAGAAAGCGUAUGAUGAACUUUGCCAGAAAGAGGGGGUUACAGCCUUGCCUUAUUUUUUAAUCAAGUAUCAUGACAAUUCUGUCAUGGUAUCUCUGCUGAAAAAGUGGGAUGGUUUCUUCCAAGACCAAGGGGGAAAGGUGACAGUUGGAGUUUAUGAUCCAUGUAAUUUAUCCCACUAUCCAGGAUGGCCUCUGAGAAAUUUCCUGAUCCUGGCAGCCCACAAAUGGGGCAGCAUUCUCCAGUCAGUUGAAGUGCUCUGCUUCAGAGACAGGACCAUGCAAGGGGUGAGAGACAUAACACACAGCAUUAUCUUUGAAAUAAAACUUCCAGAGCGAGCCCUUGGCCCAGAUUGUCCAAAAGCUGUUGGAUGGGAGAAAAACCAAAAAGGAGGCAUGGGUCCAAGGAUGGUGAAUCUCAGUGAAUGCAUGGAUCCAAAAAGGUUAGCAGAAUCAUCAGUGGAUCUUAAUUUGAAAUUGAUGUGCUGGAGGUUGGUGCCUACUCUUGAUUUGGAAAAAAUUGUGUCUGCCAAGUGUCUGCUGCUAGGAGCUGGUACACUGGGUUGUAGUGUUGCAAGGACCUUGAUGGGUUGGGGUGUCAGGAAGAUUACGUUUGUGGACAAUGCAAAGAUCUCCUACUCCAACCCGGUACGACAGCCACUGUAUGAGUUUGAAGACUGUCUCAGCGGUGGGAAGCCUAAAGCACUUGCAGCAGCAGACAGGCUACAGAAAAUCUUCCCAGGAGUGAGUUCAGAAGGCUAUAACAUGAGCAUCCCUAUGCCAGGCCACCCAGUGAAUUUUUCUGAAGUAACAAUGGCACAGGCUCGGAAGGAUGUGGCUAAACUUGAAGAGCUUGUUGAUGCUCAUGAUGUUGUUUUCCUACUAAUGGACACUAGAGAGAGUCGAUGGCUUCCUGCUGUCAUUGCAGCCAGCAAGAGGAAGUUGGUCAUCAAUGCUGCUUUGGGAUUUGACACAUUUGUUGUUAUGAGACAUGGACUAAAGAAACCAAAACAGCAAGAAUCUGGUGAUUCAUGUUUCAACAAUGCCUCCGGUUCUUCUGAUCUUUUGGGAUCAUCACUCUUUUCAAAUAUCCCUGGCUAUAAACUGGGUUGCUACUUCUGCAAUGAUGUUGUGGCACCAGGGGAUUCCACCAGGGAUCGGACAUUGGAUCAGCAGUGCACGGUCAGUCGACCUGGAUUAGCCAUGAUAGCUGGAGCUCUUGCAGUGGAAUUAAUGGUUUCUGUUUUACAACAUCCAGAAGGUGGUUAUGCUGUGGCCAGCAGUAGUGAUGAUAGAAUGAAUGAACCACCUACUUCUCUUGGACUUGUUCCUCAUCAGAUCCGUGGAUUUUUAUCAAGAUUUGAUAAUGUUCUUCCAGUCAGCCUGGCAUUUGAUAAGUGCACAGCCUGUUCAACCAAAGUCCUUGACCAGUAUGAACGAGAUGGGUUUAAUUUCCUAGCUAAAGUUUUUAAUUCUUCACAUUCCUUCUUAGAAGACUUGACAGGUCUAACUUUAUUACACCAGGAGACACAGGCUGCUGAGAUCUGGGACAUGAGUGAUGAUGAAACGGUCUGAAAAUCAGCUGAGUAAGGUGGAAGAUGACCUACUUUGGACUGCAGCACUGCCUUUUAAUUUGUUAUUUGACAAGUUAAUGAUUGCUUACCCAUUCUGACUGCUACAAAUACAAGCAAAUAUAAUCCACAUUUUGACACUAAUAUCUUCACCUUAAAAGCAGUGUGUUAUGGAUAUAACUCUCCACAUUUUCAUUUUUAUUAUGUAAAUAACUAAAGCAAUGUGGUUAUGUUUAA